AUGUUGACGUCAAAAAGCAAUUCCUCUAUGCACCUUUUUGUUGAUGGUUUGAUAAGUCCCAAAGAAUACAUCUCAGAUAAAGAAUGUGCUAAACAAUUUUACAAACAAAGUUAAAUACUAAUACAGUUAUCCAGAUUGGAAGAAGCUAUGCAAUACAUAAAUUAGGCAAUCCAUCUUGAUCCAUAAUUUGAGGAUGCAUACUAUUUAAGAGGAAAUAUAUAUCGAUUAGAGAAGAAUCUGGAUGAGGCUUUGAAAAAUUAUGAGGAAUGUGUCAAACUAAACACCUAGUAAUAUUUUGUUUACUACAAUAUAGGCUUAAUAUUAAACGAGAUGAAUAGAAAAGAAGAUGCAGUCAACAACUUUGACAAGUCAUUACAAUUCAAAAUUAAAUACGAAACUUUAAUUAAUAAAGGAAUUUUAUGUUUAGAAUUAUCUAGAUACGAAGAGUGUAUUAAAUUAUAUGAUUUGGCAAUAUCAUUGCAACCAGAUUGCCAUAUAGCUUAUUACAGUAAAGGAUUCACCUUAUUUAAAUUAUCCAAAUAUGAAGAGUCAAUAGACAAUUACAAUAAAGCUCUUAGACUCAAUCCACUUUUGACUAAUGGGUUUAACAAUAGAGGUAUUUGUAUUAUAGUAGGUUUAGCUGUAUCAUUGUGCAAAAUCAAUAAGAUAAAUGAGGCUAUAGACAAUUUAAAUUAAGGAUUAAAAAUAUCUAAAAAUGACCCAGUGAUUAUCUUUAAUUUAACAAAAUUAUAUAGAUUAACCAACAAACCUGAAAAAUACAAUGAAUUGAGAGAGAUCAUUAAACAUGUCUAGCCUUAAUGGCAAGAAUUGUAAAUUAUGGAGGAAAUAGAGAAAUCACUACAAGAAGCAAAAACUGAACUUCAAUUUAUACUAGCCUCAAAUGAAAACUUGUUUGAUUAAAAAUUUUCUGAUUUCAAAGCUCGAUUAGAUAUGGAAUAUCGAAAUCUUUGGAACUACGACUUAGAAUUUGAGAAGGCGAGUUCCUUAUUCUCUUAUAAAGAUAAAGAGAAAAUUGAAUAAAUAGUUUAGGAAUCAUUAAAUACUGAGGAGUCCAUAAUUAAACAUUAGCUUCUUUCGCUUGAAAACAGAGUUUACUUCUAAUCAUUAUAUUGGAGAUUAAGUAAUUACAUUAAGGUUGCUCAAAGAAUGUACUCAUUUAGUGGAAGCAAGAGAGUAUAAGAGUGUAUAAAGGAUGUGAAUCAAUCUCUCAAAUCUUUGCUUCCAGUAGAACUAGACAGGAUGUUAUUUGAAAACAAAAAACUAAAACAUUAGAAGACAUAGAGCACAAUUUCAUCGUUUAUUGUCCAAAGUAAGGGUUAAGAUACACAUCUUAAAAUAAUAAGGGAUAAAUUAAGAAAAGCAAGUAAAAAGGUAUCAGCUACAAAACCUUUCACAACUUCAAAAUCAUCGGAUAUUUAAAAGUCUACUUACUUCUCUAAGAAUAAGAGCAUAUCUGAAUUUAAUAGUCAAAUUAAUAACACUGCAUAAACCUUUAUCGAGUAUCUACCUAUUAAGAUAUCAGAAAAUGUCAUAAAUGAGAUAAAUUUAAGUUUAGGGGUAACUUCUUUAUCUGAUUAAAAAAUUGGAUAGAUAUUAAAGGUGUUUGCUAAUAAAACAAAGAAUGAAUAAUAAUUGGAAGUAGAAAUCUAGAUGGCUGUAUUUUAAAUGACUAAAUCUGUUUCAGAGAUUAGAUCUUUAAAUGACAAUGUUGAAAAUAUUCUCAAAUUCGAAUAAAUGAGCAAUCCUAAUUUAUCCUAUAUAUCUGGCUAAAAAUGGAUGAUAGGAAUAGAUGAUACCAUUUAAGUAUUGAAAUACUUUCAAGAAUAAUAUAAAGCACUAAUUGAUCCCCAAUCAUCUCAAUUACAUUUCUAAAUUGUUGCAAGUUAGAACUAUGCAGCAAAACCAAAGAUCUCAUCUUCAAAUAAAAGCAAGGAAGUUGAAAGAACUUAAGAAAGUUGUGCAUGUUUGAUAUUUUGA